AUGUCUCAUCAACAAACCCCUCACUAUCAAAUUGUUUGUAAAGAAUUGGUUUUUCCUCCGACAAGUGAAAGUGUCCAAGUUGUUCAAGCACCUAAAAAUUUAUUAUCGGAACCAUUGGCUAAAAAUCAUGUCAGAAUCAAAAUUCUCUAUGGUUGUUUGAAUUAUGCUGAUGCGUUGCAAUGUGGAGGAAAAUAUCAGGAAAAGAUGAAUGCUCCUUUUAUUCCUGGAAAAGAGUUGGCUGGUAUUGUUUGUGACGUGAAUGGAAAGGGUGAUCGUUUCAAAGUUGGAGAUUGUGUCAUUAUGCUUGCAGAGAAAGAUGGUUGGCAAUCAUUUAUUGAUCUACCACUUCUCUAUCCUGCCAUUAUCAAAGUUCCAAAGAGUGUCGACUUGAAGAAGGCAGCUUCAUUGUUGGUUGCUUAUUCGACUAGUCAUGUUGCAUUGACUCAUCCAAGACAUGGUGCAUUAACUCAACAUGAUGGCAAAUCAAAACGUAGUACUGUACUUGUGUUGGGUGCGAGUGGAGGUGUUGGUUUGGCUGCAGUUCAAAUUGCUAAAUCACUUGGAGCUAUUGUAAUUGCUGCAUGCAGCUCUGAUGAAAAAUGUAAGAUUUGUACGGAAAAGGGACAAGCUGAUUUUGUUGUCAAUUAUUCAUCCAACAAGAAGGAUUGGUUUAAACAGGUUUUGGAAUUUACAAAAGGAAAAGGAUGUGAUAUAAUCUAUGAUCCAGUUGGUGGAGAUUUAGCUUUACAAAGUUUGAAAUGUAUUGCCUGGGGAGGUUCACUAAUUGUAAUUGGAUUUGCCUCGAGUAUUCAACAAAUUCCAGCAAACAUUUUGCUAGUCAAGAAUGUGAGAGCUACUGGAUGUUAUUGGGGCUCUUAUAUGAAACAUGAACCUCAAGUCAUCCAACAAAGUAUGGCCACUCUAUUUGAAAUGCUUGUGAAGAAGCAAAUAGAUCCAUAUGUGAGUGAAUGUUAUCCAAUUGAAUCAGUUGCCAAGGCCAUGAAUGACAUGUUGGAAAGAAAGACAGUUGGUAGAGUGUUACUUUCCUUCCCUCAACAAGAAAAUAUUAGACCAUCAAAGUUGUAA